AUAUCUAAUAUGCAAAUACUUGCAUACACCAAAAAGACUUUCGCUUCGUGCAAAAAGUAAUGUGUUUUUGCUAGUUAUUGGUUGAAUUAUUUGUUACGUUUUAGUUGUUACGUUUUAACUAAAGGUUUCAUCUCUCGCGCAGUACGAUAAAUUUAUCUGAUGACGACAUUAUCUGCUGAAGAUAUAAUAUGGAGCACGGAUUGCUUGGGUUUAAAAGCGUUCGUAGAGAAAUAUAGCUUACCACAAAUUGUACAGGUAGAUGAAGGUUACUAUGGCACAGAUAACAACGACACCUUCAGUUCAGAACAAAAUCUAAAACUCCAUUCUGUCAACACCAUUCGAAAAAUAAUGUGUGAAGCUGAUAACGGUUUUCCCUAUCAUAUACCAGUGUCGAUCAAAGAAAAAGUAUUACUGGAAAAGAACACUUGUGUUUUCAAAACGGUCGCAGAUUUAGCAAAGAUAGGUUCACUGCCGCCAUAUGUCGAGGUUACAAACGGGUAUUACGUUGACAAUGCAAACGGCGAUGAUGACUAUGAUAUUUUUCUCUACGAGGGAGAAAAAAUUGAAAUAGUGCCUAGUGAUGUGCCAACAGGGAAGUAUCUGAUGUUUCAAAACUCAUCUGGCGAACAGUUCCAGCUUCCAUUCAGUUGCGAUGCUGGUUUUAUACCCCUGUACCACUUCAACGAAAUGCACCUAACAGACAUCCUACCAGUUGGACUUGACGAAGCGUUUACACCGUUUUCAUUUCAAUUUGUAAGGACAGGUUUUUCUCAUUACUCUGUUGGCACAUUACAUUGCAAAAGGAUCUACGAAGAUGAAUUUAUUACUGCAUCCUCUGCCUUUGAUGACUGCCAAUAUGUGUUUUCUAUUCCGAUAGAUUUGCAACUUGUUGUUAAAGUAGCAUCAGGUACGAUUGAAAAUGAUGAAGACUAUGAAAAGAUGCGAUAUGGUUUGAAUAGCUUUGAAGGUUUGGAAGAAGAAUGUAAGGAGCGUCUAAAUACACAAAUAUUUCAAUCGUCCACAGAAGUAUAUGGUUACAUUUAUGCAAACCCACGACGUCUAAAUGCAAAAACGGAUUCUAAGACACUACCGCCACGAAGUCCUACCCAGUUGGAUGUAAAGCCUGUUCUUCUUCCACGGGGGAAGAAGCAUAACGUUAAUCCACCAGUUAUUAGCAGAGAAAGAAAACCUUCCUUGUAUACUUCAGGAAAAACCCUGCAAGGAGAUUCCAUAAGACAAAAACACAAAAGUCUAGACCGCUCACAAUCUACACCUGCAUAUGACAGAUAUUCCAAGACAGAGUUAUCAACGUCUUAUGAUUAUAUUUAUACAGAAAUACCUGAACAAAAGCCUAAGGUAGUAACUGUAAAGGAUAUGAAUGCAAAGACUAUUGGUGAGGUAUGCGAUAUGUUAAGCUAUUUAAAACUAGAUAAACAUAUUGACGUCUUCAAGUCAAACCAAAUUGAUGGAGCAUUGCUAUGUGGCCUGACAAUCGAAGAUCUAAAGGAUAUUGGAUUGUCUGGGUUUGAGAUUAAAAAGAUUUUUAGAUACAGAGAUGGAUGGCGUCCAAAAGAAUAAUGUUUAACCAAUGAUUUAGGGAAUGAUGGUGAUGUGUGCGAGGAACUAAUUUCUAUUGGACAAAUAUGUAAAAUUUAUUUUGCAAAGUGCAAGGCGCAGAAAAGAUGUUGCUAUAAACUAGGUUAUGGUCAAUGAUGUGUUCCUUAUCAGACAUAUAAUGGGAAACAAAAGUUUCAAAAGGCAAACUUAUUGGUUGGACCAAAUCUCUUGCUUACGUCAUUUCAGUCGCUUUAAUAUAGACGAUAAAAAACAAUCAAGAGCUCAGAAAUGUAGUUUAUAAUUUAGUAUUCUAGUACUUAGUUUAACCCACAAGUGUCAACCAUAAAAGGAUAUUUUGUUUUCGGUGGAUUUUAUGCCAAGUCUCUUACUACAUUAUUUUUGUUCAAAUGUUUUUAUUUUGUAUAUAGAAGAAUAAAUUUCGUUUUAUUGACGACAGUAGCCCUAAAGUUUUAGUAUUCAAUUUUGUAUGUAGAACUGGACUGCUAAAAUUGCAUACAACCUUGACUUUUUCUGCAGAAAAAAAAAGAUUUUUUGUCUCAAAAAACUAAUUUUUUUAUUCAAACCAAGAAGGUUAAAUAUCCAACUUCAUUUUGAACGUGCAAUUAACUUGAAAUUUAAAUUCAUAAUGUAGCUACUUCCCUGAUAGAACAUCAUCAUGAAACAAUCUUUUUAGAGUCUGUAUAGCUGUAUUUGCAUUUUACAAAUUGAAGAAUUCUGUUUCGAAUAUAUG